AACACUGCCGUCAAACUGAGUCAAACUGUCGUAAAUUGCACAAUCCCCUCUUGUGUACGGAAGAAACCGAGGAACCUGUAUUAAUCAGUCAUUUUCAUGUAAUCCCUCAUAAAAAAAACGAUGGUUUUAUGUAUGAACUCGAAAUGACAGCUGGAGGAAGAGCAGAGGAUGGACUUUAGCAGGACGGUUCUGGUGACGGGAGGCUCUGGAUUCAUCGGCUCUCAUCUGGUGUGCUCGCUGGUGUCCAGUUACCCAGGAUGGAGGAUCAUUAACCUGGAUAUCUUGGAUUACUGCUGCAGUCCAAAGAGCCUGGAAGCAGUUGAAAACAAGGCCAACUACACUUUUAUUCAGGGAGACGUGUGCAACCCACAGUUGGUAAACCACAUUUUCGUCGCUGAAAACGUCGACGUCGUCUUUCACCUGGCGGCCCAAACUCAUGUUGAGUCCUCGUUUGACUGCCCUUCCGUUUUCCAGCGGGUCAACGUGGACGGAACCAGAGUUUUACUGGAUGCCGCCCGUCGAUCGCCACACCGGCUGCUGCGCUUCGUCUACGUCAGCACGGAUGAAGUGUACGGACCCAGUCUGGACGAGGCGUUUGAGGAGAGCAGUCCACUGAGGCCGACCAACCCGUACGCUGCUACCAAAGCAGCUGCAGAGCGUCUGGUCAGGUCCUACUGGGACAAGUAUCAGAUUCCCGUCAUCAUCACCCGGAGCAACAACAUCUACGGGCCCAGGCAGUUCGCCGAGAAGGUUAUUCCCAGGUUUCUCACCUUGCUGCACAACAACAAGAAAUGCACCAUUCAGGGCACGCUGCCCAUUUCCCGCCACUUUCUGUUCGUCAGCGACGCCGUCGAGGCCUUCCUGCUGGUUCUGGAGAAAGGGACGGUGGGGGAAGUCUAUAACGUGGGAACAAGCUUUGAGAUCCCCAUCACCCAACUGGCGCAGGAACUCGUUAGGAGGGUAAAGAAUGUGCCUGAAUCAGACGUAAACGACUGGAUUGAGUUCGUCUCCAGCAGGCCCCAGGUCGACCUUCGUUACCCAAUCAGAAGUGAGAAGCUGCAGCAGCUGGGCUGGAGAGCAGAGGUGUCCUGGGCUGACGGCAUCAGACGAACAGUGAAAUGGUACCAAGACAACCCAGACUUCUGGUUGGACAUCAAGGACCAGCGAAUCAGAAGCGAGCCGGAGGCCUCCAAGACGUCACCAAGCGUAGUUCGCCCUGCGGCGUGACCGACAGGAAGACGUCGUUCCCUCUCCAUGAGAUUUUGUGAAACAGCUACGGCUGAUUAUUCAGCUCAGGAAAUUAUAUAUUUUUCAACUUUGCACAGAAAGUUUUUAUCUAUUGGACCAUCAGGCCUUGAAGUGCCAGACAACAGCAAGGCUGAGCCUCCCUGUUGUCGUCUGUACGGUGUUAAUUUUUUAGAAUAAAUUAUUUUUCCUGGUGUAA